UCAGUUAGCCGAGUGGUCGGACUGGGAGGAGAAGUGUCUGCCCAGAUCCUUUAUUCAUCGUUUUCUCGGGCUGCCAACUCUCAAAAGACAGAGGCAGAAGAAAAUAGACGCAUGAAGCUGCGGUGGCGCCAUAAAAAACGGAGGACUUCCCUGGAAGUGGCGCAGGUUCGGGGGCGUCUCCAACAUUGUUUUGAGGGCCUGUUGCUAGCUCCGGGAAAUCCUCGGGUUUAGCCCCCGAGACGCCGGGCCGAGGCAGGGAGAGCCCGCACCGGACCAGGGACCCGAUCCUGUCGGCUGCUGUCACCCUCCAGGUUUUUACUGACGCCGUCUGCUCUGUCUCCACCUGAAGACGAAACUUCUCCGCUCUUCCGCGUCGGACCUGGUAUAAAGAGAAGCUAACCUUAGCGCUGCCGUGUUUGCAGGCUAACUCAGCCAGGAUGUGAACAACUUGGCACUCUGUGGGUUGUGUACACCAGGAUCUGCAAACUGGGCUCCUACCACCUCUCUGUUAGCUGGAGGGGAAUCGAGUUAUGCUUCAGUUUACACCUCCUGAAGGUCACCGGGUCGGUUGACUGAAGGUUCUUCAGCUGAGGUUAUCACACCUGAAUGCUUAUCUACUGCAGCCCAAAGUUUGCUACCUUUGAUGAGCUGUAAGAAUCCACUUGGGUGCUUGUUUGCCUCUGCAUUUUACUAUCUGGUUGCUGCAGAAAUAUGUUGUAAAGGUUAAAAGUAUCUCAUUGAAUUUCACAACAAAGAUCAACAGAAAGAGCAGACUCUGAUUACCAAAGCUACGGUUUACCAAGACAGGUCCAGGCAGUGUCCCGGAUGAAGACUCACACUGGAUGUUGGAUUUUGAUGCUGUCUUAUCUGGCAUCAAUCAUCUCACAUUAGCAUCCAAACACUGCUGCAACACAAGCAACUAUCUUUUUCACUCGCUUGGGUGUAUUUUUUCAAAGACUCUUCAAGACCGAUCAAAAUGAAUCGUUACCUGCCAGUGGCCCGACAACACUUCCUGGCGGCCCUCGCCAGCACCAGUGUGGUGGUCAAAACUAUCAGUGCUGUGGUGGUCCUGCUCUACCUGCUGUCAUGGGCCGUCGACACACCGUACGCCCUGGGAGUGACCCCGGGCUACCUUUUUCCUCCCAACUUCUGGGUGUGGACGCUGGUGACCCACGGGGUGGUGGAGCAGCACAUCUGGGGUGUGGCAGCCAACGUGGGGACAGUCAUGGCCUGUGGGCGCCUGCUGGAGCCUCUGUGGGGUGCCCUGGAGCUCCUGAUCUUCUUUGCAGUGGUUAACGUGUCUGCAGGCCUCCUGGCUGGCCUCUCCUACCUCCUGACCUACGUGGCCACCUUUGACCUGGACUACCUGUUUGCUGUGCGUGUCAAUGGAGCAGCUGGGUUCCUGGGAGGUGUCCUGGUGGCCCUGAAGCAGACCAUGGGGGAUACGACAGUCCUUCGAGUGCCACAGGUAAGACUCAAAGCAGCGCCUGCUCUGGUCCUGCUCCUCCUGGCCUUGCUGCGUCUCUCCGGGCUGCUCGACAGCGCCGCUCCCCUGGCAGCGUACAGCUUCGGCGCCCUGUCUGGAUGGGUCUACCUCCGCUUCUACCAGAGGCACAGCCGGGGCCGCGGGGACAUGUCCGACCACUUUGCCUUCGCCAGUUUUUUCCCUGAGGCGCUGCAGCCGGCCGUGGGGCUGCUGGCAGGCCUGGUCCACGCCGCCCUGGUCAAGAUAAAGGUGUGCAGGAAGAUGGUGAAGAGAUACGAUGUGGGCGCGCCCUCCUCCAUCACCAUCAGCCUCCCAGGGACAGACCCACAGGAUGCAGAGCGGAGGAGACAACUGGCCCUAAAAGCUCUGAACGAGCGCCUAAAGCGUGUGGAGGACCAGUCGGCGUGGCCCAGCAUGGACGACGAGGAAGACGACGACGAGGACGAAGUGAGAACCGACACGCAGCCGCUCCUCCCGGGCGGACGCGACCCCGCCUCCUCCUCCUCCUCCUCCUCCGCGCCACGAACAGCUGCCGGCAUGUCCCUCUCCUCCACCUCCUCGUCCUCCAUGUCCCAGAGCGGCGGGGCGCCUUCCUCCGGCGGGGUGCAGCACCCGGAGUCCAGCAUCAUCAGCUUCGAGGACGCCCCGUCCAGAUCAUAGCAGCGAGGACACACGUGUAUAGAUACGCACGCUCAUUUCGAUGUCACUGGCAAGUAUACUAGUGUGUUCAGUGUCCCUGACUAGUAUGCAGGUGUGUUCAGUGGCAGUGAUUAGGCAAACACUCAGUAACACACACCAGAUCUCGGGCCAAUCCGCACGCGCAGCCGCGUGCUCACAACUGCUCCGUCAACGUCGCCAAGCCCAGAAGACUGUCCAGGUCAGACUUGGUGGUUGUAAAUUCUCUCUGGGCGGAGUGAACACUUUGCUUCUACUCUCCCUUCUGACCGUCAGAAAAAAAAAAAAUCAGUCUUGUCCGGAUUCGAUCUCAAGCCGCAGAGCUCUGUCCACUGCUUCAUGCGUCUCUUCUUCUUGCUUUCAUAAUAAAUAACAGAAUGGGUGUACACGAUUCUUUUUCUAAGUCUUUUUCGGAGCAGCCGUGUUUGUCCUUGAAUCGCCUGUCAUGAAAAAGCGACACAGACUCGCGCCGGAUGUGACGGUGCGGAGGAUAUUAGCUUUCACCGGUUGCGACGAGUAGCCAAGGAGCGAGACAGGAAGUAGGAGAAGCAUGAACUCGGCACGAGGUGCCGACCAGAGGAGAGACGCUGCUGCAGGUCCGUCCUGCUGAUGAACUCCCAUACCAAACUUCAAGAUGAGAAGAAGUGCCGGGUGGAAAGUGUUUUCCAGGUCAUUUACAACCUGGCUUCUCUUUUACUCUUUUAGAUCCACAUGCUUUUUUUUUUUUUUUUUUUUUUUUUUUACUGCCCCACUUUGUCAUGUGGUGGAGGCUUUUUUUUUUCUGUCUUCAUUUCUGUUGACUUAUGUGUUGACAGUGUGACCGACAAAUCCACUGAUCUUGGUUUACUUUUUUUUUCUUUUGUUUUUUUUUUUAACUGUUAAAUUGUGAACAUCCAUGUUUUAGGAUCUGAAAAGAUGUGAGAAUUGUUCAAGCAAUAGUGAUCUGGGUGCGUUUUUGACGUAAAGAGAAGUGACCAAGUGCAGGAGAAAUAGAGAUCAACAGACUGUACUGAUGUUUUUUUGUUUAGUUUUUUUUUUUAAUGUGUAAUCACAUUGAUUCAUGAGUGGCCGACGUGCUCUCGGCCUUGACCCCAAAAAGCCAGACGAUCCCUGCACUGAUCUGCAGUCCGCUCAGCACGCCUUCCCCUCCUCACCUUCGUCACACUCAGGCGACGUUUAAUUUGACCAUGAGCCUGAUGGGCAGCUGAAUUGUUCCAUGUGGACGACCCCGAACGUCUCACAAAGCUGAUGGUCUCUUCAUUAUAUCUGCACACAGUCUGCAAUUUAAAUGUUGCGUUCUGUUGUGGUAGCUGUCAAAUCAAUGAAUUCCCAAUUUCCCAAAUGUCUGUAUGAAUUAAAAUUAUUGACAGACAAUAAAUGAGUACAGAUGUCGCAAUUACAGUGGUGAUAAGUUGAAACCCGAUUGCCAAACGUGCGAGCACGAGGCUAAACGUUCGCUGAACUAGUGAAGAAAGCACAUAUCUGCUAGUUCCUGUUAUGGUGUAACAGAAGGAAGUGGAGGAGUCAUUCAGACAUUUUUACCAUUUUAAGGUAACGGCAGAGAUUUGAAUGAUCAGACGUGCUGUGAAGGGACACAAAGCAGAACCCGAGUCUGCAGUGACUUGAUCACUGCAGCAGCUUCACACCGAGUUUACAGAUCAGUCACUUUUCAUCCGUUCUCGCUUCCAUCUGAACAAUAACGGCUGUUGGAUUCAAAAGCCGGAUGAUCUGAACCUUGAGAUUUGUCUGUUUCACCUCUAAUGUGUUCCUUUCCUUACCCCAAAGGCAGACCUAGAGGUGAAAUGAAAUCUGAUGAUCUUUUCAUAGGUGGCAAAUUACACAAAUCACCUUUCUUACAUGGACAGCUAAUUCACAUUUACGUUGUUUUUUUUUCUAAUAAUACAAGCUUGUUGCAUGUAUUUUAGAAAUCUACACACAUUAAUUCUGAAUUUGACAUUUGAAAGCUAAACUGUUAUUUAAUUCAACAUUGUUGUUUAAUGGAAAAAACUUUAAAAGAAAGUUUGCAGAAAUAUCUAAAUGUGGGAAAACUGUUAAAAUCACGUUUUAAUUAAUCAGUCUUUGAGAUUCGAUAUAAACUCUGAGCAUCUUUUAAUUUGUUGUAAAUCAUAUCUCACAUAUUUAAUGUUGUAUUGGGGUAUAGCAUUGCAGAACCAGAGUCUUUGCUUUUAAACAAAUGGCGGAAGUCAUUUGUAAAAACUUAAGAAGGUCUGUAAACUUGUUUCUCCAUGAUUCAGCUGAUUUUUUUUUUUUUUUCCCUGAUGAAAUGUGUUCGAAGGGGAAGUGAUAAGCCAUAUUAGAAGCUGUGUGUUCUGUCCUGUUUCUCCUGUUUACUUCACCCUGCUGCGGUUUUCAGUGUUGGGCCACUCCUUUAGUGAAAUAUUCCGAGAUUCAAAUGUUUCAGUCCUGAAUCGAAGAGGUGAUGUGUAAAACCUCAGACUGCACUCCGUGCCGGAAGUUAGUUCAGAACUGAACCAAACUGUCACUGUCAGACCUCCUCAGUCUGCAAACAGCUGUCGACUGUUCUGUCACGCCAGCUUUACUUCUACUCAUCUCCCAUCGCACUGUAAAAAUCAGCAAUGUGGAGGGAAAAAAAACAUCCAAACACCUGCAGAUCAAACCGAUGCAACGUGGAAAAGUUGCGUAACUUUAUCAGUGAGAAGGAAUCUGGUUCUUGGUCGUCUGACCAGUGAUUUGCGUCAGGCUUGUUCCACAGUGUUUUUUUUUUUUUUUCUCCGCUCUCUCUGUAAACGUCUGCUGCCUGUUUGAAUAAUUCCAGCAUUGGGCCUGUUGUAGACCAGUCUGAAGGAGUGUAGGAGAGGGUGAAGAACGAUGAAGGUUCUGCCGGAACGCGAUCUGGCUCCUCACUGGAUUUAUAGGCAGAUCUUCUUCCUCUUCCUGGACACGACUGUCCCGUUGAUGCACUGUGGGCAUGCUGACUUUUCAAAACCUCCAUCCAGUUAUUGUACUUUCUUCUGUUGGUUUGUUGUCAAAGUGGCUGAUAGAAGAUACAAAUCACCUACAUUUUGAGUUUCCUACUCACAGCUAUUUGUUUCUCAACUGCAUGAAUCUCUAACAUUUCAAACUCAAAGUCUUGAUUUCCAGUCUGAACAAAAGAAAAUAAUAAUAUACUUCAUGGUACAAUAUGUAGACGAGUGAGAGGCAGCAGUGAGUCAGUGGUGUUCACUCUGCACUCUUUUUAUCUUGUUUUAAUGCAAAAUUGCAAAAUACAAAAUGUAUUUUAAUGUUUUCACUGUACAGAAGUCUUUUCAGACUCGUACAUUCAGCGUAUCCACAGUGUUUACUGUCUAUAUGAAGUUAUGCUCUUGUUAGUUAAAUGCUCUGUAAUGUUAUUUAUGCUGUAAUUGAGCUAAAGAACUGGUUUACCUGGAUCAUUGUUGUAAUUCAUUCAGGCAGCAAAGAAACUGCAAUGCAGAACAGGGCUAAGAAGUUGUACCUACAGCACAGUGUGCAUUAUUUAUUUAUCCAUUUCACAAACUUUUCAUGUUUUAAGUUAACAUAAGAACUACAUAUGUGAUGUUCUUGCUUUUUGCAUGGCAUAACUUCAAAUAGAACAACACAAAAUAACCACCCUGAUUUCAUCCCAGAGACAGCAGUUUGGCGACGUUCUACUGGAAUAGCUGCGAUACGUCGUUUGCCUCCUGGAACUUUACAGCCUUUUUUUAAGAGACGGAUCUCUGAAAGCCAGGAGGACAAAGCCGCUCCAGACGACCACCUAAUGUCCAGCAGCAGCAUGAUGUUAGUUUUACAUGGCGCCCCUUGAACAUCAUGUACCGCAUGCAUCUUUUAUAAGCUUAAUUUGUCUCUAUAAUUUCACGUCUUCAUCAGCAGUUCUAGUGUGUUCUGGUCGCUGCGUGUGCCGAUGGUGACGCUGUUGAAUCUUUCAGCCACUUUACCAAACAACACAUUGUCGUUUGGGGGAUUACAAAGAAGGAGCAGUGAGUUUGGAGGAACAGCACCCCCUGUGACCUGAAGAUUAAAAAAAAAAAAAAAAAAAAAAAAAACACCCUCUGGAUUGAACUCUGAUC